GAGACGAGCGCUGCGGGAAAAUGGCGGCGACGGCGGCGGCGCGUGGGGCCCGCAUCGCCCUCGCGGCCCACCGGGCCCUCGCCGCGCUGAGUCGCGCCGUGAGCAGCAGCGGUGCGGGCACUUCCGGUACGGAAGCGGUGCUGCAGGAGAGGCUACGGCAGCAGCAGGCGGGCCUGGAGGGACCCCAGGGGCGGCCGAACCCCGGUAAUGAGGAGGAGGAGCGGAGGAAGCAGCGCCUGGCUGCCGUUCGGCGGCUGGCCCUGCGGCUGGCGGGGCUGCUGGGUGCCGGUACCGGCAUCACCAUCAUCUACAUCUUCGGCAGCAACGCGGUGGAUGAACACGGAGCCAAGGUCCCCGAUGAGUUUGAUGGUGACCCUGUGGGCAUCCAGCAGCUCCGCAGGACAUAUAAGUACUUCAAGGACUACAGGCAGAUGAUCAUCGAGCCCACCAGUGCCAAGCUGCUGCCAGACCCUCUGCGUGAGCCCUACUACCAGCCGCCCUACACUCUGGUCAUUGAGCUCACCGACGUCUUGCUGCACCCCGAAUGGUCGCUCAUCACCGGCUGGCGUUUCAAGAAGCGUCCGGGCAUCGACAGCCUCCUGCAGCAGCUCGCGCCGCUCUACGAGAUCGUCAUCUUCACCUCCGAAACGGGCAUGACUGCCUUCCCCCUCAUCGACAGCAUCGACCCGCACGGCUUCAUCUCCUACCGCCUCUUCCGCGACGCCACCCGUUACAUGGAUGGGCACCACGUCAAGGACAUCUCCUGCCUCAACAGAGAUCCUGCCAAGGUGGUGGUGGUGGACUGCCGCAAGGAAGCCUUCUGCCUGCAGCCCUACAACGGCCUGGCGCUGCGCCGCUGGGACGGCAGCUCCGAUGAUCGCGCCCUCUACGACCUCACUGCUUUCCUUAAAACCAUUGCCCUCAGUGGUGUUGAAGACGUGAGGAGCGUGCUGGAGAACUACGCGCUGGAGGACGAUCCGCUGGCGGCUUUCAAACGCCGCCGGUCGCAGCUGGAGGAGGAGGAGCAGCAGCGUUUGGCUGAGAUGGCGCAGGGCAAGAAGCCGACGGGGCUCUUCCUGGGCGCCCUGGCUGGCCGUCUCUGGGCGCGUUCCAAGCAGCAGUGAUGGCCCAAGAUGUUGUCAUCGUGUCACCAGGACGUUGUCAUCGCGUUUACUGCAUGCUUGGACUUGACUGGCGGUCCUGGCGCUGUGUCUGAGCUACAUUUCUUUAUUUUUGUUUUGUUUUGUUAUUUUGGGAGGUUUGGCUCCGCGAGGGUGAAUAAAGGGUUACGUGGA